CCCCCCAUUACUAUAAAAGAAGCCACACUUUCUCACUAUCAUACCCACCAUUGAUCCUCCCACCUUCUCCCCCCAACUUUUUCUCCCUCCUUGUUCUUGUUCCCUCUUGUUCUUGUUGUUGCUAAUCACAUCAUUCUUUCAUCUUGUUCAACCUCUAAUGGAACUAUAAAAUACUUGCCAUCUGAAUUCCCUCAACUUGAACUGGACUAAAGGCCUUAAAGGGCAAGCACUUGUUUAAUUGGGGUUUCAAGUUCAAAUUUUUGUUGUUCGGACAUUAAGAUAUGGAGAAGCUUAGUUUUGUGAGGAAUGGAGAGCUGAGAUUGCCUCCUGGUUUCCGGUUCCAUCCAACUGACGAAGAGCUUGUUCUUCAGUACUUGAAGCGCAAGGUCUACUCCUGCCCUUUGCCUGCUUCCAUCAUCCCUGAGGUUGAGGUCUGCAAGUCUGAUCCUUGGGAUUUGCCAGGUGACUUAGAGCAAGAGAGGUACUUCUUCAGCACUAGGGAGGCAAAGUAUCCAAAUGGGAACAGAUCAAACAGAGCUACAGGUUCUGGGUAUUGGAAGGCAACUGGUUUGGACAAGCAAAUUGUGGCUUCCAGGGGUAACCAAGUUGUGGGGAUGAAGAAGACUUUGGUUUUUUACAGAGGUAAACCUCCACAUGGGGCUCGGACCGAUUGGAUUAUGCACGAGUAUCGCCUCGUUUUAGCUGAAGAUAAAAAUAACUCCACUACCCAAAGCCAUGUUCCGGUGAACAAUUGGGUUCUUUGCCGCAUAUUUUUGAAGAAAAGAGGCAGUGGUAAAAAUGAAGAGGAACAAGUUCAAGUGCAGGCCUGCAAUGUUGACCGAGUGGCGAAAAAACCAAGGAUUACUCGACCUGUUUUCUACGAUUUCAUGACCAAAGACAGAGCCAAAUUGAGCCUUGCGCCUUGUUCUUCAUCCUCAGGUUCAAGUGGAGUCACAGAUGUCGUAUCUAGCGAGACAGAGGAGCGUGAAGAGAGCAGUAGCUGCAAUAGUCUUUCUUAUUUUAGAAGAAAACAGUGAAGUCUCUUUCUGAAGCUAGUUUCUUGUUGCUUAAUUUGUCAGAAUAACCAUCUAGAAAAUCAAUCCAGUAAAAUCAGUCUUGGGUCAACUUAUGUUUUAAGAGCCUGCCUCCCCCCAGUGUCUGUGAUUCAAGAUAGAAAUCGGCGUUGAAGAAUUAACUUGUAGUCGGUGUUGUUAUGAAGAGCAAAUUGAGCAAUGGAUGUUAGCAGAUGGUUGUUUAUGUAAUCAAAUCCCCCAAAGUUUU